GUUCAUGUCAGUUACCACGGUGACCAGAUGAACGAGCCGAGAUCCGGUGGGCGGAGUUAAUCCUGUCAAUCCAAGAUGGCGGCUGCCUUCAAUGAAAGGAUGAGGCUGCUGUUUGGGAUCUGCAUCUUUUUGCUUUUAGGCAGCGCCUGGGCUGUGGACCGGGGGAACUUCAAAACCUGCGAUCAGAGUGCCUUCUGCAAGCGUCAGAGGGCCAUGAAGCCCGGUCAAUCUCCAUACCGAGCUUUACUGGACACCCUGGAGCUCAGUGACUCCAGACUCACUCUACAACUCAUCAAUGACAACAACAAGGUACACUUGCUGUUGGAGCUCUAUAGGCUGCAGGGGAACAUCACUCGUGUAAAAAUAAAUGAGUUGAAACCCCUGAAGCCUCGAUUUGAGGUGCCAGAUGUGCUUGUAGGGGAGCCACCCACUGAGCCUCUUUCAGUGCUGUCUAAGGAUGAUAACGGUGUGGUUUUGUCUCUGGGUGCGGAGAGCCAGAGGCUGAUAGUUAGCGCUCGCCCCUUCAGGCUGGAUAUCAUGGAGGGGCCUGAAGUGCUGCUGUCGCUUAACUCCCGCGGCCUGCUCGCUUUUGAGCACCUAAGGCUGCGGAAAGACACUCAGACAGAACCAGAGAGUGCAGAAGUGAAAGAAACUGUUGAUGGAGCUGAAGAACAGGACAAUGAAGAAAAGGCAGAUGAUGGAGGGAAAGAUAAAGAAGAGAAAAAAGAGAAAGAAGAUGGCUUGUGGGAGGAGACGUUUAAGUCGCACACAGACAGUAAACCCAAUGGACCAACGUCAAUUAGUUUAGACUUCUCUUUGCCUGGAGUAGAACAUGUAUAUGGCAUACCGGAGCAUGCGGACAACCUAAAACUCAAAACCACAGAUGGGGGAGAACCAUAUAGGUUGUACAAUCUGGAUGUGUUCCAGUAUGAGCUCUAUAACCCCAUGGCGUUGUAUGGAUCAGUGCCGGUCAUGCUGUCCCAUAAUGCUCAGAGGACCAUGGGCAUUUUCUGGUUGAAUGCUGCUGAGACAUGGGUGGACAUCAGCUCCAACACUGCUGGAAAAACUGUCUUUGGGAAGAUGCUUGACUUUGUUCAGGGCUCCAGUGAGACGCCUCAGACCGACGUGCGCUGGAUUUCAGAGAGUGGCAUCAUCGACGUCUUCAUCAUGCUUGGACCCAAACCGUCUGAUGUCUUCACACAAUACGCCUCACUUACAGGCACCCAGGCCUUUCCUCCUCUGUCUGCGCUGGCCUACCAUCAAUGUCGCUGGAACUACAAUGACCAGGAUGAUGUAAAGGCAGUGGACCAGGGUUUCGACGAGCAUGACAUUCCAUAUGACUUCAUCUGGCUGGACAUUGAACACACAGAUGGCAAGCGCUACUUCACCUGGGACCCUCACAAGUUCCCGCAGCCCAAGGAGAUGCUUCAGAACAUCAUGGACAAGAGACGCAUGAUGGUGGCCAUCGUUGACCCUCAUAUCAAAGUAGACAGCGGCUACAAGAUCCAUAAUGAGAUAACUGCCAAAAACUUCUACAUCAAAAACAAAGACGGCAGAGACUACGAGGGAUGGUGCUGGCCAGGGAACUCUGGGUAUCCAGACUUCACAAGACCUGAGAUGAGAGCCUGGUGGGCCAGUAUGUUCUCAUUUGAUCAGUAUGAGGGUUCCAUGAGCAACCUGUACACAUGGAACGAUAUGAAUGAGCCAUCCGUGUUUAAUGGCCCAGAGGUGACCAUGUACAAAGACGCUGUACAUGGCAACUGGGAACACAGGGACCUCCACAACCUCUAUGGAUUAUACGUGCAAAUGGCCACAAGCGAUGGUCUGAUCCAGAGGUCUGGUGGAACAGAGAGGCCAUUUGUUCUCACUAGGGCCUUUUUUGCUGGCUCACAGAGAUACGGCGCUGUAUGGACUGGAGAUAAUGCUGCUGAGUGGGACCAUCUGAAGAUCUCCAUCCCUAUGUGUCUGAGUCUUGGACUUGUGGGCAUCUCAUUCUGUGGAGCUGAUGUUGGAGGCUUCUUUAAGACCCCCAGUACUGAGCUGCUGGUGCGUUGGUACCAGACUGGCGCCUACCAGCCGUUCUUUCGUGCACAUGCCCACCUGGACACCCCCAGACGUGAGCCUUGGUUGUUUGGCCCUGAGAACACUGCUGUCAUCCGGGAUGCUAUCCGUCAGCGCUAUGCUCUGCUGCCCUACUGGUACCAGCAGUUCUACAAUGCAUACAGGACUGGCCAGCCUGUUAUGAGGCCUCUUUGGGUUGAGUAUCCUAAAGACACAGCCACUUUCACCAUUGAUGAUGAGUUUCUGAUUGGUCGAGAUUUGCUGGUCCACCCGGUCACUGAGGAAGGGGCACGAGGAGUCACAGCUUACCUGCCUGGAUCUGGGGAGGUCUGGUAUGAUGUCAACACAUUCCAGAAACACAAUGGUGCUCAGAACCUCUACAUUCCAGUCACUAUAAACUCUAUUCCAGUGUUCCAGCGUGGUGGCUCCAUCAUUUCAAGAAAGAGCAGAGUUCGUAGGUCAUCUGUGUGCAUGGAGAAUGACCCAUACACCUUGUAUGUGGCUCUCAGCCCACAGAGAGUUGCUGAUGGUGAGCUCUACAUAGACGAUGGCCACACCUUUGAUUUUCAAGUCAAGAAAGAAUUUGUUCAUCGGAGCCUAACCUUCUCCAACAAUGCUCUGACAUCCAAGAACUUGUGUCUGGAUUGCAAGUUCAAUACUAAAUCUUGGAUUGAAAAGAUUUUCAUAUUGGGAACCAGUAAGCCCAAUAAGGUUACUCUUCAAAUGGAUGGCCGACACACUGCCGUGGAGUUUGAGUUUAAUGCCUCCAUGUCAGUGAUAACCCUGCGUAAGCCAGGCAUGAACGCUGCAGCAGACUGGACCAUCCUGCUGCAGUAACACACUAGAUGAAAACAGUAGCCUGUAGGUGUGGGUGCAGAAUCCAAGCACUUAAUCUAAGCAACCAAGCAACCUGGGUGGCUCACUGAGACUGACCAAAAGAUGGCAGACUACUCUGAAAAAUUUAAUCAUUUUUGUUAGUUACUAUCUCAUACAAUGUGUUUGCACACACAAACAGGUAAAGGGUGAAUUUUGACCCAGAAGGAGGGUGUUUUGUGUUUAGUUUGGGGGGGCUUAAUAGGAGGGAAAUGGUAGGUGUUUCAGGUUUUAAAAUUUGUAAGAAAAAGUCCAAAAAUUGAGCAAGAUUUCAAACUGUUUUCCUGUAGUAAGUGGUGUAGUCAGCCUGUUCAUAUAUAUGAAUGUGAUUAAAAGAAAUGGAGAGCAUGUGUUUAAUGCACUUGAUUUAUUCCAGUUUGUUUUAAUUCAAUUUAAAGUAAAGGACUUUUUUUUUGUUUGUUUGUUUUGUUUCUAAAUUUCAUUAUUUUAUAGUUGAUUGAUGGGUAAAAGGGUGGGUAUCAUAACAGAUUUACAAACUGGGAAUAUGUUUAAGGGAAUUAAACCACUGACUUAAAGGAAGUGUUUCCAGUUUCUUUAAUAUUUUGUUGUUACUUUGUCUCCUCUUCCACCUAGCACUUAAAUAUAUCUAGAGGGUGAUUAGAUGUAUGACUUCAAAUUUACAAUUACUGGAGCAAAGUUGAUUUAUGUAAUAAUGUGAAGGUUACAAUUAUUAAGUAGAUGCUGACAUCUUUAAAAUUACUUACAUUGAUUAAAUCAAGUGCAAUCUCAUCUUUUUUUUUUUUUGUCCCUGUACAUUCCUGUCAUGUCUGCUGUUAAUGAAUACAUUAAAAUCUUCCCUAAUUGCUAUAAUGAGGACCACACAGCUGUUUUUCCCUUCACAAAUAUGUAAUGUAAUAAAACUUGAACAGACAUCUAAAGAGGUGGAAAGUUUGUCUUGGUUAUUAUUACAGACCAUGAUGAUUGAUUGGCAACUUGAGCAAGACAAUAAUAAACAACAAUGUUCCUAAA